AUCAUUCUCGCCAGCGUCUGGCGCGGGCGCCUCCGCUUUGCCCUCCAGGAUCUCUGCACCACACGGCUCAUCGCUGGCCUGGAUCCUGGAUCCUGGUGGAUGCACCACAGUGCGAUCUUGAGCGCUGCUCGCCGGGUUUGGAUUGGCAAUGCUCUCCAGCUCCGAGGUCAUGUACUUGUGGAAGGCGUAGAUCGGGAAAUACCACUCGCCAGGCGGCGGCAGUGGCGCAUUCUCGCAUUCCUUGUCUCCGCUGCCCAGCUCCAUGAGGGCCUUCCUCUUGCCGCUCAAGAUAUCCAGCAGGGGCAUCCCAAAGCUAUAGACAUCGGCCUUGGGGGUGAUGGAUUGGCUCUCGAGCCACUCUGGAGCGAGGUAUCCCCUGGUUCCUUGCGUGGUGGUGACGCUCAUCGAUUCUUUUCUCAUCAUCCUCGCCAGCCCAAAGUCGGACACCUUUGGCCGGAGCUCUCGUCCAGCAGCACGUUUUGUGGCUUGAUAUCGCAGUGGAUGAUGCGCUCGCCACACUUCUCGUGGAGGUUGAGAAGAUCUCUUGCGAGGCGGCGAAUGAGGACGAGGCCGAGAGGUGGUGGUCUAGAGAACCGUUUGGCAUGAACUCGUAGACGAGGAGGUGGCAGCCUCCCUCGGCACAGUAGCCGAGGAGGCGGACCAAGUUGACAUGGUGUACUCUUCCAAUCGUGCUCACCUCGGCCUUGAAUUGCUUCUCGGCCUGGUUCACGGUGGUGAUG